AUGGAGUUGUAUACUAGCAGCUGCGAAGCUCAAGAUCUGCUGUUCGACUUGGGUUGGAUGCUCAAGGAGAGCACCCUUGAUUCGGGUGUUUUGAUUCAACGUCUCCGUUCGCUGCUCGAUUAUGCGAAUGCGAAAGGAUGGGAGCGAGUUGCUGAGCGCAUUCUAGAAGCAGCUGACAGGCGGGGUGUUUUGCGUAAAUUAGUCGGAGCCGCGGACGCACGCUCUUUUGACUGGAGAAACAUCUGGGCCGAAAGCACCGGGCAUAGUCACUCGACUUACAAGCUUUCAUCAUUUGCGGUUCCAGUAUCGAGCCGAAGUUACUCCAUGCCAUCGCUGGCACAGAGCAAGAGAGAUGCGGACGAGCAUACACACAUUGUAGUUUGUAACAGCAGCAGCAAGGAUUUAACGACCACGUCUCUACUAUCACAACGGGGGAUGAGAGAGAAGCGUCGUUCUCCAUGGGGUAGGAACACCUACAGGCUUGUGUUUGCUGUUGCAAGCGCGACGGCAGCAUGUGCAGGACUUUGCGUAGUCCUGCAACACCCGGAACAGGUUGCCCAACUAUCGACAUCAUUGCGGCGUUGCCUUUGGAGUAAUUGAUUUAGUGUACUUUGAUCAAGUGGGUUCUGCGGAGAGAAUAUGUACAUGCUUCGAGGGAAUAUUUGUACUUACAGCCCAUUUCAAAUAGCCAGUUCUGGGAGUCUUCAGGACCCUUCGGACUUAGAAUGUAUUCAUGCGCUUUUGUAAUUAAUGAGGAGGUCUUGAAUUUAGAUGAGAAUGCUGGUGAAAUUGUUGAGUAGGUUGAGACGAGCUCUGAACUUGCCUCCGUGUAUACUAGCCUUGGAGGUUUUAGUCAAGCUUUAUAGGUACGAUGUGGCGUGAGGUAUUGUAUUUGAUUGAGGAUUCGUAUU